AGUAUUCUCCAAAAGAAAAGCCCUAAUUUCCUAAACCCCCCUAACACUAAUACAGUGUACUCUCCGCUCAACUCUUUCCUUAUCCACACACACGCAUACACAGAGAAAUGGCGUCCGCGAAUGCAAUCUCUACCGCCUCGAUCCUCUCUUCUCCCAAACAGGGGAAUUUGAGGAGUAGGAGAGUGAAUCAACUACUGCAUGGUCAGAAGAUGAAUUACAACGGGGUUUCCUCGAGUCGGCGGUUCGUGGUGAGAGCUGCCGCGAAGGAGAUCGCGUUUGACCAGAGUUCGAGGUCUGCUCUUCAGGCAGGCAUCGAUAAGCUUGCUGAUGCUGUUGGCCUCACUCUUGGUCCUAGAGGGAGGAAUGUUGUCUUGGAUGAAUUUGGGACUCCAAAAGUGGUUAAUGAUGGAGUGACAAUUGCUAGAGCUAUUGAGCUAGCCGAUGCAAUGGAAAAUGCUGGUGCUGCUCUUAUUAGGGAGGUGGCAAGCAAAACCAAUGACUCCGCUGGUGAUGGCACAACAACUGCAGCAGUUCUUGCACGUGAAAUUAUUAAAUUGGGCUUACUUAGUGUAACCUCUGGUGCAAAUCCAGUGUCGAUAAAGAAAGGGAUUGAUAAAACUGUACAGGGGUUGGUUGAGGAGCUAGAGAAGAAAGCUAGGCCUGUCAAAGGCCGUGAUGAUAUCAAAGCCAUUGCUACUAUUUCUGCUGGAAAUGAUGAGACUAUUGGGACCAUGAUUGCUGAUGCAAUUGACAAGGUCGGACCUGAUGGUGUUCUGUCUAUCGAGUCAUCCUCCUCCUUUGAGACAACGGUUGAUGUGGAAGAAGGGAUGGAGAUUGACAGGGGUUAUAUCUCCCCACAAUUUGUUACCAAUCCUGAGAAAUUGAUUGUUGAAUUUGAGAAUGCGAAAGUAUUGGUUACAGAUCAGAAGAUCUCAGCAAUAAAGGAUAUAAUUCCCUUGCUAGAGAAGACCACUCAAUUGCGAGCCCCUUUGCUUAUUAUUGCUGAAGAUAUUACUGGGGAGGCUCUAGCUACUCUUGUUGUGAACAAGCUGAGAGGCAUUCUUAAUGUCGCUGCCAUCAAAGCACCUAGUUUUGGGGAGAGGAGAAAGGCACUCCUUCAAGAUAUUGCAAUUAUGACAGGAGCUGAGUACCAAGCUAGUGAUCUGGGUUUGCUUGUUGAGAAUACCUCGGUUGAGCAGCUGGGUUUGGCAAGAAAGGUGACCAUUAUCAAGGACUCCACUACCAUUAUUGCUGAUGCUGCAUCAAAGGAUGAGAUACAGGCUAGGAUUGCACAGAUUAAAAAAGAGUUGUCUGAGACAGAUUCUGUGUAUGACUCUGAGAAACUCGCUGAGAGAAUUGCCAAAUUGUCUGGAGGAGUUGCUGUUAUAAAGGUGGGUGCUGCCACAGAGACUGAGCUUGAGGACCGUAAGCUCCGUAUAGAGGAUGCCAAGAAUGCUACUUUUGCUGCCAUAGAGGAGGGCAUUGUUCCUGGUGGCGGUGCUGCAUUGGUUCAUCUUUCGACUGGUGUACCUGCGAUUAAGGACAAGCUUGAAGACGCAGAUGAGAGGCUUGGUGCUGACAUUGUGCAGAAGGCAUUGGUUGCGCCGGCAUCUUUGAUAGCUCAGAAUGCUGGGGUCGAAGGCGAGGUGGUUGUAGAGAAGGUGAAGGACAAGGAAUGGGAGAUGGGCUACAAUGCAAUGACAGACAAGUAUGAGAACCUUGUUGAAGCUGGAGUUAUCGACCCAGCAAAGGUUACAAGAUGUGCAUUGCAGAAUGCAGCUUCAGUUGCAGGGAUGGUCCUCACGACCCAAGCCAUUGUUGUGGAAAAGGCCAAGCCCAAGACACCUGUGCCUGGUGCCCCGCAAGGCCUAACUGUGUGAUGAAACUGUUUUUGUAGCAAUUGUUAAUUUGUUAGAGACAGUUGAGCGCCUACACCGCAGACCAGAUAGCUAUUUUUUUGUGCGGAUCUAUUUUCUGGCCAUAGAAAUUUUAAGUUGGUAUUGUGUAAUGUUAGGGAGAGGACUGUUGCCUUGCAAAUUCAAUCUUGCAAGGGGUAAAUGAUCUGCUUUCCUUCUAUUGUUAUUUCAUCUUGUGAACUUCUCUGAUUGCAUGCAUGGUGACAUCAAACAAAAAUAUAAGUUUUGUUGCA